AUAAUACUGAUCACGAGGGCAACGAGAGAUUAACAGAUGUGAUGAUCGCUCUUAUGAUGUCUGAGAAGAAAUUGGGGCCAAAAGUCUACGGACUCUUCGAAAGCGGACAAAUCCAGAAAUAUUACCAACACCGAUGUUUUCGUGUUGACGAACAAAAGGAUCCAAAACUGGUACAAGAAUUGGCCCAAAAGUUGGCGAGAAUUCACUCGACAGUGGUUCCCAUAAAGAAGGACUCGAAAUGGAUGUUCAGUUUUUUCGACAAUUCCUAUAGCGAUGCCAACAAACGCUUUGAUUUGAAGUCUUUGUACGAAGAGUGCAAUUGUGAGACAUUGAAAACACAUGACUUGAUACAGGAGUUGGAAUGGCUUAAGGAGACUAUCAUUAAAGUUGAUUCUCCGGUGACUUUCACUCACAUAGACUUCAGAGGUUCUAAUAUAAUGGUCACAGAAAAUGAUGGCAUAGUUAUCUGUGACUUCGAGUACUCAUGCAAUGGCUACCGGGGCUAUGAUUUCGGUACUAUAUUUGUGGAGUGGGGUAAGAAAUUUGGUGAGACAACCAAAUUGGGACAGGGCUUUGUCGAUGACAGUAGUAUCAGUCCAUUCAUUGAGGCAUAUAUUGAAGAGUCGGUGAAAAUAUUUGGCAAAGAGUUUACAAGUGAUGAAAGGAAUUCAUUUGAACACAUCAUGAGAGAAGUGAAAGUGUUUUCUUUGGCGGCCUUUAUGUUCGUUAUAUUAUUCUCUAUUCGUUUGAAUGAAUCAUUUAUUACGGAAAUGCCUUUUGAUAAGAAGAUGCAA